GCGACUUGCAACCAAACCAUUUCAUUUCCAUUUCAAUUCGCGACCCAACCUUCCUCCCUCUCUCUCCACCUCCAGACUCUCUCCAUUUUCUCUCUCUAAAAUAAAUCGCAGACACUCAUAAAGCGAGAUCUGCCAGAGAACUAAACGCACAAUCUUUCUCUCUCCUCCCCCGAUCUACCAGUCUGCAAAUCUCUCUCUCUGUAAUUCUCUCUAUCUACAGCUGUUGCUGCUUUGCAUAUGCACUUGUGUAUUCCAAUCUGAUCCAUCACUAUCCUAUUAGAUCUGAGAGUUUGAUCAAGUAUUGAUGGUAUACAGAGCUUGGAGUAUUGUUGUUUGAUUGAAGAAAAUGUUGACAAAAUUCGAGACGAAGAGUAAUAGAGUGAAGGGACUGAGUUUCCACAGCAAGAGACCGUGGAUCCUUGCGAGUCUUCACAGUGGUGUGAUCCAGUUAUGGGAUUACCGGAUGGGGACUCUCAUCGACAGGUUCGAUGAGCAUGAUGGGCCUGUUCGUGGCGUUCAUUUUCACAAAUCUCAGCCGCUAUUCGUGUCCGGAGGAGAUGAUUACAAGAUCAAGGUUUGGAACUACAAGUUGCAUAGGUGUCUGUUUACUCUUCUUGGACACCUUGAUUACAUCCGUACUGUGCAGUUUCACCAUGAUUAUCCUUGGAUUGUGAGUGCGAGUGAUGACCAGACCAUAAGAAUCUGGAAUUGGCAGUCACGUACUUGUAUUUCUGUUUUGACUGGCCACAAUCAUUAUGUAAUGUGUGCUUCAUUCCACCCUAAAGAAGACCUUGUUGUCUCAGCCUCACUGGAUCAGACAGUUCGUGUUUGGGAUAUUGGUGCCCUGAGGAAAAAGACCGUGUCCCCUGCUGAUGACAUUUUGCGAUUGAGUCAGAUGAACACGGAUUUUUUUGGUGGGGUUGAUGCUGUUGUUAAGUAUGUCUUGGAAGGUCAUGACCGGGGUGUUAAUUGGGCUACAUUUCACCCCACCUUGCCACUGAUUGUUUCAGGAGCAGAUGAUCGUCAAGUAAAGCUUUGGCGCAUGAAUGACACGAAAGCUUGGGAAGUAGACACUUUGAGAGGGCACAUGAAUAAUGUGUCUUGUGUUAUGUUCCACGCCAAACAAGAUAUAAUUGUUUCCAACUCGGAGGACAAGAGCAUUCGUGUUUGGGAUGUAACAAAGCGGACUGGUGUUCAAACUUUCCGCCGAGAGCAUGAUCGGUUUUGGAUUCUAGCAUGUCACCCUGAGAUGAAUCUCCUAGCUGCUGGUCAUGAUAGUGGUAUGAUUGUGUUUAAGUUGGAGAGAGAAAGGCCUGCCUUCUCAGUGUUUGGUGAUUCUAUGUUCUAUGCCAAAGACCGCUUUCUGAGAUUUUUUGAAUUUUCAAAUCAGAGAGACACACAAGUGAUGCCAAUUCGACGCCCUGGCUCUACCAGCCUAAAUCAAGGCCCACGCACUCUCUCGUAUAGUCCUACAGAAAAUGCUGUUCUCGUCUGUUCUGAUAUUGAUGGUGGAUCUUACGAGCUCUAUGUUGUUCCUAAAGAUAGCUUUGGUAGGGGUGAUAUUAUGCAAGAGCCAAAAAGAGGUUUAGGAGGAUCAGCUGUCUUCGUGGCUCGAAAUAGAUUUGCUGUGCUUGACAAAAGCAACAACCUAGUAUCGGUCAAGAACCUUAAGAAUGAGAUUGUUAAGAAGAGCAACCUCCCUAUUGCUGCCGAUGCAAUAUUCUAUGCUGGAACAGGUAAUUUGCUUUGCAGGACAGAGGAUAGAGUUGUCAUAUUUGACCUUCAGCAGAGAAUUGUUCUUGGUGAGCUUCAAACCCCGUUUGUUAAGUAUAUAGUUUGGUCAAAUGACAUGGAGAGUGUUGCCUUGCUCAGUAAGCACACUAUAGUUAUUGCUAGUAAAAGGCUUGUGCACCAGUGUACACUUCACGAGACAAUUCGUGUGAAGAGCGGAGCCUGGGAUGACAAUGGGAUUUUCAUUUACACAACCCUGAAUCACAUCAAAUACUGCCUUCCCAACGGGGAUAAUGGGAUAGUAAGGACCCUUGAUGUUCCAAUAUACAUUACUAAGGUUUUAGGAAAUAAGAUCUUUUGCUUGGACCGGGAUGGAAAGAAUCAGGUUAUAGUUAUUGAUGCAACGGAAUAUAUUUUCAAGCUAUCUUUAAUGAAGAAGAAAUAUGACCAUGUUAUGAGCAUGAUAAGAAGUUCGCAGCUCUGUGGGCAGGCAAUGAUUGCUUAUUUGCAGCAGAAGGGAUUCCCUGAAGUUGCUCUUCAUUUUGUUAAAGAUGAAAGAACUCGUUUCAAUCUGGCACUGGAGAGUGGGAACAUCCAAAUUGCUGUUGCUUCAGCUAAGGAAAUUGAUGAGAAGGAUCAUUGGUAUAGACUGGGGGUGGAGGCUCUUCGCCAGGGUAAUGCUGGUAUUGUAGAGUACACCUAUCAGAAAACGAAGAAUUUUGAGAGGUUAUCUUUCCUUUAUCUCAUUACCGGGAAUAUGGAAAAACUGUCCAAAAUGCUUAAAAUUGCAGAAGUAAAGAAUGAUGUUAUGGGUCAGUUUCAUAAUGCUCUUUAUCUGGGCGAUGUUCGUGAGCGUGUUAAGAUUUUGGAGAAAGCUGGGCAUUUGCCUCUUGCUUACAUCACUGCUUCGGUCCAUGGGCUUCAGGAUGUUGCUGAGGGACUAGCAGCAGAGUUGGGAGAUAAUGUUCCUACGUUGCCAGAGGGGAAAGUACCUUCGCUUCUGAUGCCACCACCCCCCAUUUUGUCUGGUGGAGAUUGGCCCCUUUUGAGAGUCAUGAGAGGCAUAUUUGAGGGUGGGUUGGAUAACAUUGGGAGGGGCGCCCCUGAAGAAGAUGAAGAGGCUGCAGAUGCUGAUUGGGGUGAAGAACUGGAUAUGGUUAAUGUGGAUGGCUUACAGAAUGGUGAUAUAGAAGCAGUUCUGGAGGAUGGGGAAGUGCCUGAAGAAAACGAGGAAGAAGGAGGAUGGGAUCUUGAGGAUUUGGGGCUUCCUCCUGAGGCCGAGACUCCAAGGGCCUCUGUCAAUGCACACUCCACAGUUUUUGUGGCUCCAACUCCUGGCAUGCCUGUAAGUCAAAUUUGGACCCAGAGGUCUUCUCUUGCUGCCGAACAUGCGGCUGCUGGCAAUUUCGACACUGCAAUGCGGUUGCUUAGCAGGCAGCUGGGAAUUAGAAACUUUGCUCCUUUGAGACCUAUGUUUCUUGAUCUUCAUACAGGCAGCCAUUCCUAUCUACGUGCAUUUUCAUCUGCUUCUGUGUUAUCAUUGGCAAUCGAACGGGGUUGGGAGGAGUCUGCUAGGCCUAACAUGAGGGGUCCACCAGCACUUGUGUUUGAUUUCUCUCGGUUGGAUGAGAAACUUAGGGCUGGUUACAAGGCCACGACAGCUGGGAAAUUCACCGAAGCUCUUCGAUUUUUUCUCAGUAUCCUCCAUACAAUUCCUCUCAUUGUGGUUGAGUCAAGGAGGAAUGUUGAUGAAGUUAAGGAGUUGAUAAUAAUAGUGAAAGAAUAUGUUCUGGGUCUGCAAUUGGAGCUCAAGAGGAAGGAAACCAAUGACAAUCCCAUACGCCAACAGGAGCUUGCAGCCUAUUUCACCCACUGCAACCUUCAAGCACCUCACUUGAGACAAGCACUGCGAAGUGCGAUGGUUGUUUGCUUUAGGGCAAAGAAUUAUCUUACAGCAGCUAAUUUUGCUAGGAGGCUCCUAGAGGCCAAUCCCACCGAGGACCAAGCAAAGAUGGCCCGACAAGUGCUGCAGGCUUCUGAGAAGAAUAUGAAUGAUUCGUCUCAGCUGAACUAUGAUUUCAGAAAUCCAUUUGUGGUUUGUGGGGCAACAUAUGUUCCCAUUUACAGAGGACAGAAAGAUGUCUCCUGCCCAUACUGCAGUUCCCGGUUUGUGCCAAGUCAGGAAGGGCAGCUCUGUGCUGUUUGUGAUCUUGCAGAAGUUGGUGCAGAUGCUUCAGGAUUGCUCUGUUCUCCUUCUCAGAUAAGAUGAUCAAGCUGCUGAAUGGAAGAUUUUUGUACUCAUCCUAUUGGCAGUGGGACUGUUCAUAUUGAUACUUUCAUCUCUGCAGGCAAAGGUAAGAAUAUUGUAUAAGAGUUACAUCUCGGUUGAAUUGUUUGUGCACCCUCUCUCCCUCUUAUCCCCUCCUCUUUUUCUCUUAUCCUUUCUUUUCCCAUUAAUCUAGUUGAGUAUGAUUUUCAAUUUAAUAAGCAACUUGAGAAUUUUGAGUCGGAGUAUUCUUAUUAGUUGUCCACAUACAAGAGUGGCCAAGGAUUAUUAUUAAGUAGAUGUUGGUCAUAGGUAAGACGCGUAUAUGUUGGCAUAUGCUGAUGCUGUGUAGCAUAUUUGCUUUUAUUGCCAAGAUGAAUUUGGGGUUUCUAUUGGUUAGCACUUAGCAGUAAUGACAGAUCUGUUACCUUCCUUACUUUUAUGUUUAGAUAAUUGAAAAUUUUCAAUUUUUAUUUUUGCUUUGAA